AUGGCCCAGCUUACCGUCAUCCCGGCCAAUGGCCAUGCUUCCGUCGCUAUCCCUGGUCGCUCUCCGUUGCCAGACCGCGCCGUCACUGCCGAGACGAUUGAGGAUGCCUACGUCGCCUUCAUCUUCUACUGUAACCCCGCCCUGCCUGCUGACUGCGACACCGAGACUCUGCGCGAGGCCUUUCGCAACCCGCCCCGUAGCGGUGGCAAAGUCUUUCACCCAUUUACCAUUUACGAACUUGUUCGCCGGUUUUAUACCAAAGAGAUCAAGACAUGGACUGAAUUGACCACAAAGCUCGGCGUCGAACCCCCUGACCCUUCCAAGGAGGAGAGUGUUCAGAAGAUUGCUCAGUAUGGUGUUCGCCUCAAGAAAUGGCUACAUUCAAUGCACGUAAAAGCUUUCUUCGAGUAUCUGAUGGACAUGGCAAAUGACUACUGGACAAAUAUUCCUGUGGAUCCUAACCCCGUGGCACAGCCUGUUCGUGAUGGCGUCGCAGUGGAGGACGACAUGGCUCUUAGGGCGCUUCUGCCUCAUAUACGGCCCAAGAGAGGCCGCAAGAGACCCGACGCCGACAACGCAAGCAAUGGUCCGAACCAGCGUCAGCGCACCUCACCAGGGCCCGCCGUCGACGAGUACGCGCCCCAGUCGGCAUGGCCUCAUAGCGCUGACCCGCGGUCUACACCCAUGGAAAAUGGACCGAUCAGUGCCGCAGCUGCCUGGCCGUCUCAUGAAGCGAUACAAACGCCAUUGACGCGCUGGCCCGCCUCGGCCGUUACACCUUCUGUGCGUGAUGCUUUCUGGGGAGACGAGCCUCGUUCUGCUGUGACGCCCAGCAAGCUCAAAGGCUCUCAUCAACGCCGCGGAGCCAAGAAUGUCUCAUCAGCGUGGAAGCUGGGCGGCGACGACGCGCCCAAGAAAACGAGAGGGCGGCCACCGAUUAACCGCACACCGAUCGACACACCAGCGACAGCCGUGGCCUCAUGGUCACACACAUCAAACAUGCUGCAGCCCCCUGACAAGCGCGAUGCGGAUAGCUACGUUGGGAGCGACAUGUCACAAAACAGCUCCAUGGCGGGUACACCGCCGGUCACGAUGCAGCAAGCCUCGCAGCAACACAUGGCUUUCGAACAGUCUCAGCAGCCUGCUCCCUAUGACUCACAUUCCAUGCCGCAAAGUAAAUCAGACGGCUCCCGGCCAGUUCGGCCAAGCAUCUCUCUUCAAGUGCCGCAAAGAUCUGGCGGCCCCGUGCGUCUAGCAACGCCACCGCUACCGCAACAACAAUCACAGCAGCCGCAGACCACGCAUGGACAGCAGCCGCCGGCGAACGGUACAGCAGAGCCGCUGCCUACAUAUGACAAUAUGCAUGCGCGACCACCGGGGCAGCCGCACGCGGAGGACAAGGGUAGCGGUGGCAAAUACCAGAAGUGGGAAGUCAACGCGGCAGCAGAAGCAAGCACUGCCGAGGCAGAUGGAGGAAUCGGCAAUAAUCUGCCAGAAUACUUCUUUGAAACCAUGUCGGACCGCACCAAUAUAGAUGCUCUCAUGGCAUACUUUAUACGCAUGACGUACGAGUCAAAGUGGGUCGACGCGGACGGGAAGCCGACGGACCCUGCGUCCAUGGACGAAGCGACGGCCAUAAUCAAUGCGACGCUCGAAAACAUGUACAAGACGGCGGCAUCAUCGCAGGCGUUUCUGAUCAACUUGGCGGCGCUGGCGGGUGCGCGCAUGCUUAUGACCAAUCUGACGCGGUGCACACGCAUGGGGGAAAGUGACGGCUUCACGACGUACAAGUGCGAAUGGGAGUAUCAGUUUGGGCAUUUGCACGGGUACUUUAACAUGGCGGCCGCGGUGCCGUUUAGUAUGUGGCGGGCGAAGCCGAAAACUGCGGGCACGGGCGGCGACAGCAACGCGGGCAGCCGCGCCGACAAUGCUGGCGCGAACGACAUGGACGAGCCGGACUCGUCGAACCCGCGGCUGCAGGCGGAGCACUGGCAGAACAAGUACAAGUCGCUGCUGGGCCAGGUGGACAAGAUGGAUAGGGAGUUGUUUGACCUUCGGAACAAGGUGAUUGAUUCACUUAAGACGGAGCGAGGGGGCAGCGACGCGGCGACGUCAUAG